AUGCGUCUGACACCGCCCGAUGUGCGCACUGACGUCUAUCGCUGCCAGGCGCUGCUCGCUGCACUGGCCGCCCUCUACGCCGCGAGCUUCACCUCGCUGCUGCUGCAAGGCCCCAGCCUGUUUGGCAGCGGCGGCCUGGUGCCAGUGGAGGCGUACCUGAAGGUGCAGGCUGAACAGCUCAUCGGCAGCGCGGACUAUACCAGGGAGUCGCUGCUGCUUGAGGCUGGAUGGGCCGGCAUCCUGCUCGCCGCGCAGCCGGGCGGCGCCAGCGGCGGCGCCGGCGCGCCGCCGGCGCUGCUGCUGCUGCGUUGGCAGCUGUUCAAGGCGUGCGUCCUAGACGGCACCGCAAAGCUGCGCGUGGCCUGCGCUGCGGCGGGCGACCUGGGGGAGUGCUUCUUGCGGGUGGCCGCCACUGCGGCGGUCCAGGGGGCCCCGAACUGCUCUCCGCGGCGCUGCUCGGCGCGCUGA